AUGAUUAAUAAGAAAUGUCAAAAAAUCAUUACAACACUAACAACUAACACCAAUAUCAAUCAUUCAUUUACUAAAAAAGAAAUUAUAUUAUCACCUAAUUUAAAGACAAUUAAAGGUAAAAUUAAUGAUAUUAUCAAUGCUGUUGGUAUUAAAUAUGCAUUAAAUAAAAAUAUUGAAGUGAGUAUUGAAGAUACAGACGAUGCAAUUCAAUGGGAAGGUAUAGCUGCUUUAUGUUCUCAAUUUACAACAGUAAGAUAUGUGUAUCCUCAUUUUCUUGGACAAGACAUUCUUCGUCUUCAAGGAAUAUUUGAAAGAGCAAAACAAGUCAAAUCAAUUAAUGUUAUUUGUGAUGCUCUUGCUAAAGUACUAACUCAAGAAAAAAUACAUGAAAUUGUUUCAACAUUUAGUGUAAAGCAUUUAAUCAUCAGUUCAUCAGAUUUAACUAAUAACAAACAUAAAGAAGUACUUAAUACAUUUACUAAAUUAUUCAAUCCUGAAAUUGGAUUUAUAAUUAUUAGUAAAGCAUAUUGUUAUGAACAAAUUAUUGAAAUAAAACAAUUAUUACCAAAACAAUGGAAAAUUGUAUUAGAUGAUCCAUUACUUGUAUCACAAGCAAAAACAAAUGAUAUUUUAUUAUCUUCAGGAAUAUGUUCAAAAGGGUAUUGUAUUGAUGACAAUUAUUAUGAACAAGAAGAAUUAAAUGAAAAUGGUAAUGAACAAAGAGAGAUAAAUAAAUUAAAUGAAGAACAAUUAAAAUUUAUUCAAUUAUAUUGUCCUACUAUUACUUUAAGAUAUGCUAAUCCUUAUAGUUUUAUUCCAAAAAAUACAUAUAAACUUAGUAUCACUGGUCAAUUACCUCUUGAAGUAGAAAAUCAAGUUGAACUAAGACAAUUAGUAUUUAAAGAAUCUACAUUAGAGAAAAGAACACAAUACAAUUUAUGUAAUCUAACGAAUUUAACUUCUUUAGUUUUUCAAUCAUAUGAACGAAGAAAAAGAAUUGUUGUAUUUCCUUUGUCUUUAAAAAGAUUAGAAGUUACUUAUGACCAAGAAGAUGAUCAAGAAGACUCUGAUCUUCCAAAUCCAGAAUAUCAUCCAUUAGGAUUAGCUUCUCUUACACAACUCACUUUUUUAAGAAUGUUUCAUUAUAAAAAAUCAUGUAUUCAUCUUCCAGAAUCUAUUGUUUCUAUAGAAUUAAAGUAUUGUAAAGUAACAUCAUUAAGUCCUUUAAAUCAAACAAAACAUCUUGAAUCUAUUUCUCUUUAUUCAUGUAAUAUUAAAACAUUAGAAAUAAGUAAAUCUGUUAAAAAUGUUAAACUUAUUAAUUGUACUGAAUUAAAACAAUUAAAAAUUGAUGGUGAAAAUACUCAAUGUCAUUUUGAUAUUAGUGGAUGUCCUAAUGUUGUGUUAGAAUAA